UGUACUGCGUUUGAGCUCCGUCACUAUAUUCUUUUCAUUGACUAUUUCUAACUUAAAAAUCAAUUUUAUACAUCAUCGUUUCCGUUUAUAUAACGUAUGAAUAUAUCCUCUAUUAUAUUCUACAACAAAAACAAUCAGAGCGCCUCGCUAUUACUAGUUUUAUUUUGAUCUCCCGGGUCCGCUAUUAGCUUUUAGCCCGUUAGCAUCAGCAAGCGUGGUUGCUGCUAACUGCGCUUACAUUGCUAAUACUCUAUUCACACACAUUACCACUGCUGUACUCACUGUUACUUGCUUUAAUGGCGGAUGAAUGUCUCCACUCUGUGCAGCUCGAGCUCGAGGCCGUGGGGAAGCAGAUUCGCGACCUGGAGGAAAGGCAGGCCCAGCUGAGAGAGCGGAGAGCCGCGCUGGAAUCAUCCCGGGCUGACGCUCACAAGUCCGGGGCCCGGUGCACCCAGGACGCGAUCUUCCCAGAUGUCCUUCACUGCGACGCCAGGACACCACGGACCCUGGGUGCAUCCACAGCGGAGGACGCGAGCCGGGUCCCGGGCGACGACUUCUCCCCCUCCUGCCUUCGACAUCUCCAUCCGGAACCGCUUUGCUCCCCUCCGCGAGACAGGACGCGACGCUGUGAUCAUCGGAGACUCCAUCGUCCGACACGUAAGUGCUACGUUAGCCGAAGGUAAAGUGCACACUCAUUGUUUGCCUGGUGCUCGUGUUCUCGAUGUUUCUGCGCAGAUACCGGUGAUCCUGAAGGCCGACGAGAGCCCCAGAGUGGUCGUGCUUCACGCCGGGGUUAAUGACACCACACUGUGGCAGACGGAGACGCUGAAGAGGGACUUCAGCAGCCUGAUCGAGACGGUUCACAGCACGACGCCCGCGGCGACGAUCGUCGUGUCAGGACCACUGCCCACGUAUCGACGAGGACACGAAAGGUUCAGUAGACUUUUUGCUUUAAAUGAAUGGUUGUUGUCAUGGUGUAAAGAACAGAAACUGCUAUUUGUUAAUAACUGGAAUCUUUUCUGGGAGCGUCCUAGGCUGUUUCGCGCUGAUGGAUUACACCCCAGCAGAGUCGGAGCGGAGCUGCUCUCUGACAACAUCUCCAGGACACUUCGCUCCAUGUGACUAGAUUUACACAAACUCCAGUCUGGAUCCAGAACACCUGAGAAGAGAUGAUGCUGACCCUCAGAGGACCCCAGAUGAUCCUAACCUUGAAUCAACAACAGAACUAACAAAUAUUGCUACAAGUGUGACUGCAUCAUAUAAUAAUUAUUAAUUAUUAAUAAUAUUAAUA